AUGUCUCAUACAAUAAAGCCCAAUGUCGCCGCCGUUCUCCCCGUCAAACAAGGCCGACUGACAGUCCAAAAACGUCCAGUUCCAACCCCCAGGGAGGGCGAACUACUGGUCCACAAUGCUGUCGUGGCUGCAAACCCCUCAGACUGGAAAUUCCAGACCUUCGGCCUCUCCAACAACUUCCCAGCCGUACUUGGCAGUGACCUCGCCGGUGUCGUUGUAUCCGUUGGCUCUGAAGUAACACGCUUCAAACCAGGCGAUCGCGUCAUCGGCUUUGCGCUAGGUGUUAUAAGCGAGAACAUCGACAAAGCAGCGUUUCAGACUUACACCCUGCUCGAUGAAGUGGCGACAGCUCAUUUACCCAACAACAUCAGCUUUGAGGAGGGUUCCGUACUUUCUGUCAGCAUACUCACUGCGUCUAUCGCGCUGUUCGACGGGCUCGGGAUACCAAUGCGGGAGAAGACUGAUGAGGAAGAUGGAGUGAUUUUGGUAUGGAGUGGUGCUUCGGCUGUAGGUGUUUCGGCACUGCAGAUAGCACAUGCGCUGGGAUGGAGUGUCUACGCGACUGCAAGCCCAAAACAUCACGGGUGGCUCAAGACAUUGGGGGUGGAGGACGCAUGGGACUAUCGUGACCCACAAGUCGCGCAGAAGAUAGCUGCAGCCUUGAAAGCUUCUGGAACAAAGAUCCGCGGUGUGGUGGAUGCCAGAGCUGAGGGAAUCUCCUUCGAUUCGGUCGCGGAUAUACUGACCGUAGCUGAUCUGGCACCAGUGUGCAAAGCCACUGCGCUGAUGCCGUGGCCGGAACGAAUAGCGCUGUCAGCUGGUAUUGAAGGACACCAUACCAACUGCGUGGAGUUCACCGUCAAUUAUCCAGAUAUAGCAAGGUGGGUUUUCGGCGACUGGUUGUCCAAGGCUCUCGAAGACGGGAGAAUUAAGCCUGCGCCCAGGGCUCGUGUUAUAGAUGGUGGGUUGGAAGCGACACAGAAGAUGCUGAACCUUCUUAGAGCUGGGGCAAGUGGCGAAAAGUUUGUCUUGAAGGUUUAA